AUGGGUUGUAAGGUAUUAAUCUAGGGUUAAAGAUUAAUAAUUUAUUAUUCUGUUUGUGUUAGGAUUUGUUAAUCACUCAUUGAUCACAAUUAAAUUUAAAAUAUUUAUAAUUGUAAACUCUAUAAAGAUUUUAAUGGUAAACAAGCAUUUGAUUUAUACUCUAAAGAAUAAAUGAGUGUUAUUUUUAUGGAUGUAAAUAUGCCAGAAAUGGAUGGUUAUUAAUGUACUUAAGAAAUAAGAAAAUAUGAAUAAAUGUAUAAAUUAACUCAAUCUCUAAUUGUAAUUGUUACUGCUUUUACAGGAUCUGAUGAUAAGCUGAAAUCUUAAAAAUGUGGAGCUAAUGAUCAUCUAGAUAAACCUUUAAAUAUGGAAGAUUUAAAGAGAGUCAUGAAAAAAUUUGGAAUAAUUUGA